AUGCCUCCUCAGCCUGUUCACCACGGCGGCCCCAAGUAUGGUGCCUCUAUCGGCCACCCAGGAGGUCCUCGCGGUGGCAAGCAGCCGACCAAGCUGGAGAUAGAUUCACUUCCAUCCAUGGACAAGCCAUCAUAUUACGACCCUCCGAGUUCCCCUGACGCUUCAUCUUCUCGCUCUGCCUCUCCCCCUCCCCCGGAUAUCAGCACCAAUUCUGGCAACAAGCUCGUGUCAGGGGCCCAGUUUGCGCGUCGGGGCAAGAUGUACGCCUGGGGACCGUCGUUUGAGGCGGCCAAGACGGACCAGCAUGCGAGGAAGCGGCUCAAGUUGUGCCUUGAGCAGUUUAUGCCGGGUGCUGCAGCCGAGUGCAACGCUGAGGUGCCGGCAAACAUUGUCUCUGCCGAAGAGGAACGUGGGCACAGAAAGAGAAAGAGGAAUGAGGAGAGAGAGUUUAUCUUGCCCCAUUUGAGGAGCCCUUCACCGCCUAUAUCCACUGCCAGGCUUACGAGUCUCCUUGCUCUACCACAGAACUAUACGGAUGUCCUUCUCAACCCUGCCAUGCGACACUCGCUCGGCGAGGACGGGAUGGAGCAAGGGCUGCAGCGUACAGCCGGCGAGCUCUUGGAGGGCGAGAAGCCGCUGCUGCAGGCUCUCGGCAGGUUGAGAGAUGUCAUCCGGGUCCUGAACCGAGACGUGCCCGAGGCUGCGCCAAGUACCCAGAACGGCGUCACUGAAGAGGUCAACGGGCACGACACCCUUAGCCAGUCGUACCCCCACCACAUACCCCCACUUCCCAACAUCUCCGAAACCGACAACCUCUGGCGCGUCACCCAAGAGCUGCUGAGCCAGUCGGGUUCCGCUCAAACGCUUCCCCCUCCUACUCUUGCGUACACCAGUACCCAGCCCGGCGCUGCUGCGCCCACACCAAACCCCACAUCAGAGCCAGAACCUGAGGUCACCCCUCUUCAGCGCUUGUUCACUUGUCCUACGGGUAUCACUCUUCACGCUGUCCCCAACCCUGGGCAUCCGGGAUACAACUAUCCCCAAGGGCACACCUUGCACCCGCAGACGAUCAAGUAUAAUAUUGAUAUGCGGAAUCAGUGCCGGGCGGUGGACGACGCUUGGGAGAGGAUCUCUGAGCUGUUGGCGGACUGUAACGAGUACAGGGAGCGGCUGGAAGAGGCGAGAGACAGAGUCGCGGAUGUUGCUAGGGUGAAGAAGAAGGUCUGGAGGACGGUGAAGGAGAGAGCGGCGGCGGAGAUGGAGAAUGGAAAGUGA